AUCACAUUCAUGCCAUGUGGCGGUUUACAGUCGAACAAGAACUUGAAGUGAUAUGUAAAUGUUGUUUUGUAAUGGACAACCAUGAGUGCUAUUUCCGUCUGCGCCGGCAUUGCGAUGCCGAGAAAAUAGCGUGCGGGAAAGAGGCUGAAAAGCAGCAGUGGUCCCUGCUGCUAUAACAAGCGAUGGGCGCAGAAGGUGGGUCACGAUAGCACAACACGGCGACCGAAUCGUCCCAAGCGUCGCGUCGGUCCACCAUGACGGAGGAGCUGGUUCACAAGCUCGCACACAACCUGCCCGAGGUGCGCGAUCGCGCGCUACGAAAUCUGGCGUCAAAGGUAAGUAUAUCCCUUGCUCCUGCGUCUGCACGUUCAAACGUCGAGGACGCAUUCUGCAAUUCUGCAAGUCAAUUAUACGACCAUUUUUUUACAUCACGAUAUCUACUUCGUGUACUUCACCAUGAAACUACACGCAGGUCGAAGUCGGGCUUUUGACCCCGGACCUGAUAUGUCAGGAGGUGCCGGGCAGUGUGCAAUGUAUUUUGCACUGGAUCAACGAGCGACAGGGCGGCGCGGACCCGGAGCUGAUUCAGAAGGCGCUGAAGCUCAUCGCGGUGCUCGCUGCCAGUUCCCCCGUGAACCUGGACGUGUGCCUCCAGGCGGGCGCACUGCAAUUUCUCGAGGACUUUGCGGACCAAUCGCAGGCCAGCAAAACAAUGGCCACCCAGAUCCAGACGACCAUCGACACCUUGUUGCGCGUCCCCGGGGCUGGGGGCGCAGGGCUGGUGAAAAACCACAGAGCUGCUGGCACGUCUUCCAGCAGCACUAGGCCGAAAGAGGAGCCAGAAGCCGGCUGGGCGCAGUCCUAUCCGAGCAGCUACCGCUGUGGAUCGCGGAACUACAGCCACAGCAAGAGCCCGGCGGCAGACGAGAUGACGAAUAAUUCGCCACCAGGCGAUCAUCUACAGCCGGCAGGUGUGUUGAUGUCACUAUCGCCCACAAAUAACGGAACCGCUACAGCGGAACAAAUUGCGGACGAUCUACUGUUCAGUAGUGGGAGCAGGCAGCCGCAUGAUGCGCAUCUUCAACCUGGAAGAAAUAAACCUGCUGAUCCAGCGACAACGAUGAUAAACGGCAGGAGCAGGAACAAUACUAAUGCAACCUCUUCGAGCAGCAGUAACGAGCUCCCCUACAUCUUUCUUUCUGAACAGGAUGAGAAGCAGUUGUUCGACCUUUCCGUGCGGUUGAAGUUUGCGGAUCUACGGCAGGUGGCAGAAACUUGUCGCGAGCUGCGGUGCCGCCUGUGCGAUUACCCGCCCCAGGUGUUCCUCACUAGACCGCACAUCUUCGACGCGCUAGGAGCCGUAUUGUCGGGAAACGUGGACUGUCGGAGGUGUGCUUUUGUUUUUCUAUUGCAAUUGCAUUUGCCAGGACCAGGAGUCGCACCCCUGUUGACUUUCGAUGAUGUGCUGGAAGGAAAGAAUGUAUAGACAGAUCGGACAGUUUACAUUUUGGAAAAAAUCCCUCGCAGCUUCCUCCCCGCUAUCUUCGAUUGCUACCUCACUUUCCACCGGUACCUCCUUCUCGAGCUCUACGGCGAUUUUCUGCUGGGAUUCGAGGACCUGUGGCUCCCGGACAGCACGUUCCCCGCGAUGUGGUUGCACCGUGCGGGGGAGGGGGUGCAGUACGACGUGCCGUUCGCGCACCUCCACCGGGUGCUGGUGCCGGUGUUGGAGGCCGGGGUCAAGUACGCGGAAGCGGUGCCCUACUGUUCGCGCCUGCUGUUCUGGCUGUUGCCCCUGUACGCGAGCAACGCGCACGCGGAGCAGCAUCUGCUGCAGUAUAGAGGGAUUGAUGUAGUUUCAGUUUGUUUUUUUCAAGAAAAUCACGUCACAUUGUGUAUUUUGAAGAGCGUUCAUGAAAAAGAACUGCUGCAACAUCGUUAGUCCAGCGCAUCUCCUUGUUCAAAUCGAACAACAUCAAAACCAGGUACUCCAACCUGAUCGCCGAUAUGCUAAAAUCCCAUUUCCGGGGGUGUGGCCGCGAUGUGAAGGAGAUGAGCCAGGUGCGGGCGUGGUUCGGGCAACCCGCCAGUAUCGACGACGGGCGGCUGGAUUGGAGCGACGUGCAGCUGCGGACCUUCGACUGGACUCCGCUGCACCUGAUUCUGUUCGACACGGCGUGUCUGUACCUCCAGACCUUCCGGAAAGUGUUUUUGAAGGAGGUGCACAUCACGAAAGCGCAGUCCUCCACCGCGAAGAAGAAAACGGCGCUUCCCUUCAUCGAGUCGGUCGGCCGGAUGGCGUAUGAACUGCAAAAGCAUCUUCGUACUAGUACGUAUCUACAACGGGCGGGCGCUCCGCGCCCGCCGGCCCGGCGACGAGGGGGUGCAAGGGGGAGCGACGGGAAAAGAGCCAGGCGGCCAGUGGCCAACGCCACAUGCUCAAACUAUGUUAGCGCGAUAAGCGAAAAGGAGAAACGGCAGCGCCCCCGGGCUUCCCCCCCGGCGGGAGCGACAGGAGUGUAGGUAGAGAGAAGGCCGCGAGGCGGGAGGGGCGGUAGGGAGCGCACAGCGCGGCCCCUGUCCAAGCCUCCACAAACAGGCCCGGCGGAGAGCGUGCGCAGACCCUUUGCGAAGGCUCGGGGGGCUAGCCACCCGAAGCAGAACGAAAGGAGCGCGCCGAGGGCCGAAAGACAAGAAACCGAACCCGGCCAGCACCAAGCAAAAAUAAAGCACAGCAGGCAGGGCCGCGGCGGAAAGGCAGGGGGGGCGCUGCGUGUGGCUCUUGCCAGAAGCGAGACAGACCAAAAGAAAAGAGCAAGCAGGCCAAAGUGAAAGCCCACCCACUGCCGGGGACGAGGCAAAAAGCGUUGGAAGCGAAAGGAGAAGGGGGCGGGCCGCAAAGAAACCGAAAACACGCCGGGAAACCCAAAGCAAGGAAACAAGGCAAAAUCAGGCAGCCCCGGCGCGGCCGAAGAGCCCCCGUGGUCGGCAGUGCGCACGCGACCAAGCCCGGCCUGUAGAGCCACAGGCGGCGGAGAAAGGCGCAAACUGGCGCCACAUCCCUCGCAACAGGGGUGGAAGGGGAAGGGGCGCCAGAAUGAAGAUCGACUCCAGCCCGGGGCAGCCAAGCGCGAACCGCAACGCAUCUAAGCCAAGGCCAAGGGCCCAGCCCACGGCCGGCAGGUCCGGAGUCCACACGAGGGCCGGGUAGCGCGCUGCCGCCUGGCUGCGGCCCCACCGAGGCUCUUUUAUUUUGCCCCCCCCCCGAGCGAGUUUCCCAAUUUGGCGGGUUUUCUCACUAGUGUUUUCGCUUUCCCCAAAAUCGGUUUUUUUGUCACUAGUGGCUCCACUAGUGGGCGCCUUCACUAGUGGCGCCUGUCACUAGUACCUUCCCCGUUUUUUUGUGACGCUAAAAACACUAGCAGGAUUUCUACUAGUGCCCGUUUUUCUGCUAGCACGAUUCUACUAGCAGGAUUCCUACUAGUAGCUUGCAACCCCGCGCCCGCCAGAAUUUUUGAAUUAGUAUUACUAUCUAAACUGCAGCAGCUGGUGAAAAAUGCAUGCGAGGGGUAUGUUCUGGGGUAUGUUCGGGGGUAUGACAGGGGUAUGCAAACGGCCGUCAAUCACGGGCGGACUACAAUUUUUUGGCGAAAAAGCAACAGGUGGGGUAUAAACAUACCCCAGACACACCCCAGACACACCCCAGACAUACCCCAGACAGACCCCCGAACACACCCCAGGCAAAAAGUCCGAACAUACCCCAGACACACCCCGGAUACACCCCGGGCAGACUUUCCGACACACCCCGGGCAGACUUUCGGACACACCCCGGACACAUUUUCGGACUUCGCCGCGCGAGAUGUGCAACGCCGGGCUCCAGAUUGUCACGCGAGCCGCGAGGGAGCCUGUGGAGCUUCCCGGGCCCCAUGGGCAAGGCCCAGGGGCGGGCGAAAGGCGCCCUCGGGCAGCGCGGGGACCCGGUCCCCGCGUCAUGACCUGGGGGCCAGCUUUGGGCAUGGGCGCUUCCCGGACACCGUACGGCUCAGGGGCAAAAGCCCUAGGUCAGCGCGGGGACUCGGUCCCCGCGUCAUGACCUAGGGGCCAGCUUUGGGCGCUUCCCGGAUGGAAACUAACCGCGCGGCCGAGGGGCAAAAGCCCUAGGUCAGCGCGGGGACUCGGUCCCCGCGUCAUGACCUAGGGGCCAGCUUUGGGCGCUUCCCGGAUGGAAACUAACCGCGCGGCCGAGGGGCAAAAGCCCUAGGUCAGCGCGGGGACUCGGUCCCCGCGUCAUGACCUAGGGGCCAGCUUUGGGCGCUUCCCGGAAACUAACCGCACGGCCCAGGGGCAAAAGCCCUAGGUCAGCGCGGGGACUCGGUCCCCGCGUCAUGACCUAGGGGCCAGCUUUGGGCGCUUCCCGGAAACUAACCGCACGGCCCAGGGGCAAAAGCCCUAGGUCAGCGCGGGGACUCGGUCCCCGCGUCAUGACCUAGGGGCCAGCUUUGGGCGCUUCCCGGAAACUAACCGCACGGCCCAGGGGCAAAAGCCCUAGGUCAGCGCGGGGACUCGGUCCCCGCGUCAUGACCUAGGGGCCAGCUUUGGGCGCUUCCCGGAAACUAACCGCACGGCCCAGGGGCAAAAGCCCUAGGUCAGCGCGGGGACUCGGUCCCCGCGUCAUGACCUAGGGGCCAGCUUUGGGCGCUUCCCGGAAACUAACCGCACGGCCCAGGGGCAAAAGCCCUAGGUCAGCGCGGGGACUCGGUCCCCGCGUCAUGACCUAGGGGCCAGCUUUGGGCGCUUCCCGGAAACUAACCGCACGGCCCAGGGGCAAAAGCCCUAGGUCAGCGCGGGGACUCGGUCCCCGCGUCAUGACCUAGGGGCCAGCUUUGGGCGCUUCCCGGAAACUAACCGCACGGCCCAGGGGCAAAAGCCCUAGGUCAGCGCGGGGACUCGGUCCCCGCGUCAUGACCUAGGGGCCAGCUUUGGGCGCUUCCCGGAAACUAACCGCACGGCCCAGGGGCAAAAGCCCUAGGUCAGCGCGGGGACUCGGUCCCCGCGUCAUGACCUAGGGGCCAGCUUUGGGCGCUUCCCGGAAACUAACCGCACGGCCCAGGGGCAAAAGCCCUAGGUCAGCGCGGGGACUCGGUCCCCGCGUCAUGACCUAGGGGCCAGCUUUGGGCGCUUCCCGGAAACUAACUAACCGUCCGCACGGCCCAGGGGCCAAAGCCCUAGGUCAGCGCGGGGACUUGGUCCCCGCGUCAUGACCUACGGGCCAGCUACAGAUCCGGCGCCAGCUUCCUCCUUUCUGUUCUCUUUGUUCGCGGUAGGUCAACGGGUCUAGUGUGGGCAAGCAGAGGGGCUCCGUCCGCAGAUCUGUCGCGGAUCAGGGGACACAGGCCACACAGAGACACCGGGCUGCAGGGGCCUGCCUGCCCAGUGCCACCGCAACCCCGGAACUCGUCCCAGACAAAUGCCGGAAGGUCGUCGCACGGGGACUCUGUCCCCGUGCUCGGACCUUGUUAUAGAUGCAGCAUCUUCGUACUAGUGCGUAGUGAUUGCAAUACAAAUUUUCUCAGCAUUAGAAAUGGAAUUUGUAAUGCGGAUUUGCCUGAGCAUCUGGAUUUGUAAUGCAUAACUGCAAUUUAUUAGUACGAGUGCCAUACUUUUGCAUUGCAUAUGGCGGAAUUCUUGAAGAUCUGGCUCUUCGACCACCGCUUAUAUUUCGAGCGGCCGGAAAAGUUCGGGCUGCUGUUUGCCAUCGUGUCGAAGAUCUGGCCGACCGAGGGUGACGAGUACCGGGCGCUGGAAUCUCUACUCGAUGCGGUGUUGAAGUUCAACACGAAACCUUUGGACGAGGUCGGAGGGGGGGCCGCACCAGGCGGAGGUGGUGCACCGACGGCAGGAGCAUCUUCUCUCCAGAAACGCACAACCAGUCACAACAAACCCCCGCCCGCCGUCGAGCUGCUCCCCAUGGGCCGGGUGGCGUCCAGGGGGAAUCGCGUCGCUAUUUCGCACACCGGAGACGUGGUCAGCAGCUUUCGGGAGCACGUUUCCUCCUACGUGACAACCAUCGUAGAUCCGGAAGAUUUUUACAACAAUAAUAACUCCAGAAGUUGUACGACUUCAGUACGGCCGCGCGGAAAUGUCAAUCGAAGUGUCGCCCGCGGUAGCGGAAACAAUUUGUCACCUGGUGGUCAAGAACUCAACACGACCGGCGAACUGCAGCAGCGGGCGCUUUCCGCGGACGUGCUUGCGGGGGUGAAUGGGAGCUCUCAGGCGGACGAUUUGGACAAUUACGCCACAAAGUUGAACUUCCUGUCACGAAGGAUUUACCUGUCGCUGUUGACGAAAGACGGACACAAACCACUGGUGGACGUACCGGCGGAGUUGUUGCCGAUUGCCCUGGAGUUGAUGCAAAUGCAGGAACUGGACCUGACGGAUGCAUGUACUUCUUUAUUUUCGUUGGAUUUCGCAUGUGAUGUAUUUUUUUUUUACAAAAGAUAAAAUAGAAAUACUACAUUGGUAAUAACUUUCGGAAAAAUGAAAAUCACUUUUUUUUUCCCUCCACCUUGGAGCGAACAACUGCCAUUAUCACCUCUCUUGUCAGCCGUCGCCCUGUGGAAGUCCGCCGUGGAACUCUGCACGCAGCUCGCCGUCUGCCCCGUCCCCGAUGUGCACAAGAGUUUUUUGGAAAUGCUGGAAAAAACCACCGCACUGCUCCCCGCCCUGUUCACCAACGAGAAGUUUCUCGUAGACGCGCUGCUGCACAUGCAACGGGGCGAGGACUGUUUCGGGCGGUUCUGCGCCUUGAUUCAAGAGCACGCAGGGAAGAUUCAAUCGCCGAAGUUGUUGGACUUUGCGGACCUGUUCAUGGGACAAAACAGCUGCGCCGCGGGGUCCGCACAGGCGUCCGCGAGACGGCUGUUUCUGCGCGACGCGGCGCAGCGGAAAAAGCAGGCGCUGGUACUAAGGGAUGCUGUACUGGUUUUGCACGUAAAUGCUCUGUCGUGCACAAAGACUCAUAUUUGGCUUUAUUUGAAUCUCCUUCCCAAAAGUAGGCCAUGCAACUACUAUAUCGACACGAAUUUUUUUUGUCCACACGUAAACCCGCACCACAGAUGAUCUGGCAGUGUCAAAUUCUCGCCGCACCGGAGUACGACAAAAACUCGCUGGAAUUCAUCACCGACCCGCUCGACGCCACGGUCUCUUCGCUCUCCUCGCAAGACGGGGACACGCUGUCUCUCCGCCAGCUGUACUGCUUCGAACAGUACUUCCUCGACAAACUUUCCGUCCGGGAAUCCGAGUUCUCCCACGUGGCCGAGGUCCUUGAAAACGACAAUCUGGAUGCGAACAUUCGCAAGGCGGCCGCCAGCCAGUUUGUGACGUUUCUCGUCUCCGACAAAAGGGUCGUGAACAUGCUGAAGGAGCGCGGCGGGUCGGUUUUGUCCUGCCUGGUGCAGAAUUUUCGGGACACGGAAAAUCUGGACUUCUACAACCAGCUCUGCGAAGCGUUGGCAGUGUUACUGCUGAACUUCAACAAGGACCACUUCAUCGGGGCGUUGCUCCGCGACAAAACGCUAGUACAGCACGCGUUUCCCGUUGCGCUGGCCCGCGCCUUCCACAAGGAGCCGCUCACGCGCCUGCGGAGUCUGCAGGUCUUAGCCGCGUUGCUUUUCGACGAGAGUUUCCUGUUCCCGCAGGGGCGCCUGGCGUCGGCGGGCGCGGACGAGAAGAGUGUACUAGUAGUUCCUCGCACGACAACCGAAGCUAGUACGAGAACUGCGGAGAUGAAAGCAAGUAAGACCAACACGCCGGCGUCGCUGUCCAUCCCGCCCUGGUUCCAAGAGAGGUUUCAGGUGCCAGUGCAGAUCGAAGUGUGCGAACCGGUGGUGUCUUCCGGCGUGCAGUUUUGGCAAGCGCGCCCCAGUCCGCGCGUGCUGGCCCUGUGUCAGGUGUACCAGCUGCAGGAGGGACUCGGUGCGGAAUCGCCGGUGUGGAACAAACUCGCGCUGGACUCACCGGAAUCAUUCGCGACGGAGAAGGUAGAAUUUUGUAAAUGAACACGUUUUCUUCACUGCGUGCUGAAUCUUCCGCGUUUUCUGGUAAUAAUUUCACCGCUUAAAGAAAGUAGUACAAGAUGAGCAGCUUCCGCGGAAACGAUGCAUGCUGAAUGCUGGUACUAAAUUAUGCAGCGUUGCACGAGAAAUUAAUAGUAUCAUCAUCAUUCUUUAGGUUUUCCGCGAAGUCGAGUGCGUUUCUUCCCCGGAUUUCGCCCUCCGCGUGCUUGAAGACCCGGUCUACGGCGCUCGGUUACGCAGCAUCCUGAGCCAGACCACCACCGACAGCAACGAGCAACACGUCUCCUGCAUGGAUCACGUCCGGUCUCUGCUGGAAGCCUGCGUCUGCGGCCGCAGCUACUUGUCUUCCAACUUCCUCGAGGCCCAAACCAGCGCGUUGUGGGACGUGUUGGCCUUGCACGCCAUGCCGGUCUUCCGGCGGAUGGCGGGGGACAUGUCGAAUGUGGACUUUGACGAGAAGUUCAUUCUGUCUCUGCUCAGGCUAUUGACCGCCUUGGGUCACGUCAGGUCUUUGGUUUCGUCCGCGACAUCAAGUAGAGCUACCACAGGAUCCGCUGUAAUUGCGCGAACCACGCCGGCGGCUGGGAGCCCUUUGCAGGACGUGGUCCAGCAGCAGCCGCAGGCAUCGUCGCCUUUAAUAGUGCCGGUCGUAUCCGACCUGCUCGGCCCGGCGCUCGACGAUUUGUUACGCAGGUCUCGGCUAGAUGUGGAGGUCAGACGGUACGGCUUGCGCGUGGCCGCACUGUACAACAUUGACCUGACGGCCGCCGCGGCCGAGUUCCUCGGCGCCAGCACCUGUUUGAUUGCCAACAGCUACCAGGAAUCCGUCGACAUCGUCGCCAGCUUGCAUUUGGUGUCCAAACUGCGCAGCGCUAGUCUCGCGGUCAAUAGCAGCGCAUUUUCUUCGGGUGCGGCACAGCACCUUCAACAACAGCAGCUGAAAACGAGAAGUUCCGCUUCGUCUCCGGCCUACUUGGCAAAUAGCGGAGGGAUAAACAAAGCGACUGUUCUGCUGAACCAAGCUUUCGGGUACCUGUCGCACCCGUCUGGCCUGGUUCAAGGGGCGUGCUGGCGCUGUCUCGAGGCGGUGUUCGUCGCGAGUGCGGCGUAUCAAAGGCAAAAAUAUCUGGGUCUGGGAGAAUGCAACUUGUGAUGCUGCAUUUGGAUUCCAAACAAAUUUGCAUUGCAUGAGCAGCAAAGGGAACGCAAUUUUUGCUACGCGAAUAGGGCACUUGUUAUGCGAAAUAGGCAUCAAGAACCCCUCGAAAAAUCUGUGAUGAUACGGCAUGCAUCACAGACAUCAUGGCUCAUGCAAAACGUGCAUGACAAGUCUCAGAAUCUCCCAGACCCAGACAUUUUUGCAUUUGAUACGGCGGUGGACGCUGCCAACGCGGUGAGCCCGACGGAUUUCAAGGCGGUAUCCGGUUCGCCUAACAGCUUCACCUCGAAUUCCAUGACCGCCGACCAAUACGCACAGCAACUCGCGUUCCUCGAGGACGCGUGCCGGAAAGCGAUAAAGACGGUGUUCUUCAACAAUAGCGGGAAUUGUAAAUCAAGUGCAACAGCUUUGUCUACUGCUGCGAACGGGUCCUCGGCAUCGCAAUCGCAAAUGCAACCGGCCACUGGAAGUAGCCCUUCCUCCUCCUCAUCCACGUCGGAGUUCCCGCGGCGCGCCGCCCUGCACUUCCUUUGCUCCGCCUUCACGAAGCUGCCGGUGAAACUCGAGAACGUGCUGGGCCAGAGCCAGGACAAAGCGGUGUUCGACCAAAUGCCACAGCUUUUGCAGUCCCCGGACCGGGGGCUUCGCGCGCUCACGCUGUUCUUCCUCCGGACCAUCAUCGACGUGAGGUGCACCUCCGCGGAAACUGCGAAGCGAAUGCAGGCACAGCUGAUGCAAAGGAAUUUCUGGGUGCAGGUGGUCGACAGUUGGAUGGUGGGAACGACGUCCAGAAGUUCAAGUUCCUCUUCCAGUUCGGAUACGAAAAAGGGGACGAACAAGCGAGCAAUUCUCUCCGACACAACCCCCGUGGUCGCAGACCUUACGACGCCGAAGAUGAACAACGCAAAUAGUUCACUUGUUUUCGCAGAUUUGUCCGGAACUACGGUUUUCGCUUCCUCCUCAACCUCCAAACGGGGAAAUGAGCAUCAGAAUUAUCCAGAUCUUAGUACUAACACGCCACUGUCCGACCGCAUUGCGUACGACAGCGCGAAGAUCUGCGGCGAGGCGGUGCAGCUCAUUUCCGUGGUCUGUGGGUUCUGGGACGCGCAGAUUCUCCGCUACAUCUGCGUCAGUACGCAUUUCCUGUCGCAAUGGCGGAGUGUUCUUGAGAACCUCGUUACCCGGCUCCGCGAUCGCGUUGAGCCCCGAGUCCUGGAGCAGCAUCUCGUCGCCGUGCAGCGCCUCGCCAUCUGUGUCGGCGAGAGGCUGUCGACGUUGUACAGCGGAGGUUCACCCGGCGGCGGCGCGGGAGCUGCUGCUGCUGCUUCUCCAACUGGUCCGGAAUUUUUCGGCGCGGGAGUGAAUCAGACCGGAAGCAGCGCAUUAACGGCGCAACAGAAGGACGACGACGCAAUCUUUGAAUUUUUUGCGUCCCGUUGCGUCGCGAGUGUCUGUGCGCAGGCGCUCAGCGAGGAGAAGCCGCUGGCGCUGCGGAGGCGCGCCGCGGAAACGCUGGACGCGGUGGCAAGUUUGAACCCAGUGUCCCCCUGGUCGAUCCCGCACGUGGAGGAGGUGCGACCCUCGACGCAGCAUUUGUGCAAUUUGUACUUGCAAGCGUGCGUUCCGGACAGCACGCACCUGUCCUCCCUGCACUCCGCAUUGAUCCAUUUAGCAACUUCACACCCCUCCGCGACGCUGGUGUGUGUGAAGAAUGUCAAAUUUCUGCCCAAAUUGGUGCAGAUCAUCGAGACGGCGCCACGGGACAUCAAGAUCUCCGCGAUUGUGCGGUCCGAACAAAGGGGAAUGUCCAGAAUACUGGGGGAGCCGGGGGGUAGAAUUGGAUUUUUUCUGAUUGAGAAGAGUUUGCAGAGCGCUACCAAAAAAAUCGGCUUGCAUAUGUUGAUCGUGCAAGACACUGCGCCGUGAUUUCCAUUACAAAAUCAAAUAAACCAACAUUACAAGACCAAAAAUCCUGAUAAAAAAAACAUCAGAUGCGACCGACCCCCGGCCCGAAAAUAAUGCCUCCAAAGUGUGCCUAAACAGCACGGUCGCGAGUCUCAGCACCGCCACCGCCGGUGGGCAGGUGGAUGGCGAAAGGCUCCAGCGGUUGACCCUCCAUCUCCGGCUUUUGACCGCGCUCUGCUCCGUUGACGACAUCGGCUUGGACAUUCUAGUCGACAAAUCCUCUCCUGGAACUACACAACUCAAUGCGCCGGCAAUGAUGAACGGGGGACAAACAAUAAAUCCAGGAGCACAGCAAGACACUUCCUUCCCCCGCGGUCCGCCAGCCAUCGCCUGGACAACAGCAGUAUGGAUUGUAAAAAUGUCUGGGUCCUCUGGAAGGUUGGAACUUGUAAUGCUAGCUUUCCAUACCUAGAAAAUCUGUAUUGCAUACCCAACAAAAGUCGCAGCCACUUUUGUCAUGCAAGAACGCAGUUUCUCAUGCGGAUUGCCUAUGAGAAAGCGUUUUUGGAAGUUGCCAUGCCGGACUGCAUUCGGAAGUGUUUUCAUCAUGCACAUGUUAGCAUCACAAGUUUCCAGACUCAGACAUUUUUGCAUUUCAUAAGCAGCAGCAAUGCCCGAUCGGUCCGGCGGGUUGACGCCGGGAGGGAUGGCGAUCAACGACUGGUCCAGCUGUAUCGCAAGAAAAAACUGUUUCACUGUGAACUUGUGAUGCAGAAAAUGGAACACAGAACUAUUUGUCUUGCUACACCUGCAAGACAUUGGAUUUUCAAGCAUGUUUUCCCUUGGGAAGCACGCACGACACAUUUCAUAAAUGUCAUGUGUAACAAACUUGUGAUGCAGAUCUUGCAAAAUCAUCACAGUGAAGCAGUUUUUUCGUGGGAUAAGCUGUGUCCUCGACGCGUCCACCGCGGUGACGCCCGCGCACGGAGGAUCAUCUUCGCCCUCGAAACAAACGUCCCGAAGAACCGUCGCCGCGUCCACCCUCGGCGCGCACAACACCUCCGCGUUCCUCACCUCCGUGUUGCGGGCGGUGUGGCCGCUGGCGGAGGCGCACGACGCGUUUUGCAUGGAGGUGUUGGACUUCCUCCGACGGGUUUUGCACGCGGACGGAGACCGCAACCGGGUGUGUCACCUGCUCGGCCCGCACUCUAACAACAUCGUGUUCAACAAAAUGCUGCUACCGCACGCCAUGCGGGGAUGCUGCAUGGUCUCGAACGCGAGCGGAAGUAAAUUGCAGGGCGUGUCGGCAACGGCGUCACAGGUAUAAGUACUGAUUCUCGACGUGAUGUUUUUCUAUAUGAGUGUUUGUCGUAGUGAACGAAUCUCACACGACGAGGUGCUUCUGAAUUACUUAUGCUUUACGCAUAUGUUAUGCUGAUAGCUGCCAUCGUGCUAAAGCUCAAUGAAUGAGUCCUGAUCUCAGCACCCUGCUUCACCUCCACAGCUUUUCCAGCCCGGGCACUCCUUCGCGGUGGGCGGCAAUCACACGACUUUCCACGGUGACCGGAGUAUGGUGGACCAUAAUAGUUUAUCAAAUGCAAAAGUGUCUGGGUCUGGAAGGAUGCAACUUGUGGUGCUGAAUUUGGAUUCUAAGUACAAGAAUCUGUAUUGCGUGAACAGCAAAAGAGGUCCAGUUUUCGCCACGGCGAGAGGGCAUUUAUUAUGCGGUGUAGGCAUCAGGAAGCAAAAUCUGUGAUGCUAGAGCAUGCGUCACUGACUUCAGAAGUCAUGCAAAGUGUGCAUGACAAACCUUGCAUCCUUCCAGACUCAGACAUUUUUGCAUUUAAUAUGGUUCCACCUACCACCGUCUGGACCCGCACAACGACGUGACCAUGACCCGGGCCCUCCCGAGUCACCACGCCAGCCGGCUGUACGCGACGGCUUCCGCGAAAUCCAGUCCGAUUUCGCCCGUGGUUUUUUGCCGGCUAUUGGAGGUGCUCAGCCUUUCCGCCCCGGGCUUGACCACGAACAAGGCGUCGCUGCUGAAAUUCGUGUCCUUUCUGAUCGAAUUUGUGAAGCAUUGCGAGAAGGGGCGGGUUCUCUCCGAGUGGACGCUGCGUCGCUGUCUCGCGGUGCUCCACUUCAUUGCGUCGCUCCACAUCUGCAAGGCCACCGCCGCAAUCCUGUCUUCCUGCCAGCAGCGGUCCUCCGCCGCGGCGGACAGCCGCGCGAGCGCCAACGCGGCCGGCGCAGCGACGGGCGUGGCGACCGGGCCGCCGCAGCUGGAUUUCUGGUUCGAUCUGGUGGAAUCGAAGGAGAAGCUUCGGGCGGCGGCUUUGCGCGUCCUUCUCGCGGUGAUGGUGUCCGGCUACGCAAAAUCCUUUUUCUGCAACUCGCCCCGAACCCUGCCGAUCUUGGAAAAGUGCAUUGCGAGCGGAUUGAACUCGAUGUUGAAUAACGCGCAGCAAGGUGGCCAGAACGGGUCGAAAAUGGACGUCAACAUGACGACUUCUUUCAACGUCACCAUGAAUCGGACGACAACAAUGCUGACCGACGCGAACCAAAACCCGAACUACCGCCUGUCGCAGCUGCAGAAAUCCGCGGUGGUCCACACCGCCUUGCACAUGCUCUGGAUGCUGUGCUACCAGAACCAGCGAAUCCUGCCGUUGGUGAAGCAAAGCUCUUUGUUCGCACGGCUGGAGGACAUCGUGGAUGACGUGCAGUCCGUCGACCGACCGGUGGCACAGGAAAUCAUGCACUUGUUGGUGUGAUAGAAGUACUGUACUUGCUUUAUCGUGUGGAGUAAAAAACCGUCGCGGUAGGAGAUUUUGCAAGAGGCUUGUGAAUAAGGGCCGCUUAGCGCAGGGGAGUUUUUUGUACAGUAGACGAUAGAGAAAUUUCUAUUUCACGCCUAGGAAAGUUAUAAGUACGUUUUUUUUCAUUUCUUUUGCUUACUUUGCCAGAAAAUCUGUGCUUACUUUCCUGUACAGACAAGAAACACAUCGCUUGCGCUCUGGUGGUACAGGGCUUAGCGUUGUCGUUUUUAUUUAAGUAGCGCCAGACCAAAAAAUGGCGUGUCUACGUACGCCGCGUUAGCGUUACACAAACAAACAAACUUUUGCACGGAUUGCGCGAUUCCAUGCAAACAAACAAACAUUUAUCUGAUCAGAUCGAUCUUCAUUGUUGGCUGUAAAUGCAAUUGGAAUUUUGGGCUUUUUUAGGUCCGGUCGUUCCAGCAAAGCUAAUUAUGUCCUAUGAUUAUCUUAAGAGGAGCUGCGGGUAGCUCCGGUGACAGAACUUGUACGUAGAAGAUUUUUGCUUUUCCAUUGUGUGGGGAAAAAUUCGACACAGUAGGUGCACCAGAUGCUACAUGUCGAGAAGUAGAAAGUUGAAAACGCAGAAAAACGCUUGUGUCCACAUUAAAAAGAAGUGACAGAAAAUAAAGCAAGC